UCCAUAUUAAAAAGAUCAUUGCUACUCAUCAUUGCUAGGGGCGGGACUCCUCCUUCUACUCAAAUGGUUUCUCUUAAAGAUUUAAUGGCUGCCGAGGCUGCAGCUGCUGCUGCUGUAACAGCCGAAACAAAUAACAGGAGGAAAUUACCUUCUCCUCUCCCACUUGUUGUCCAACCCGUACAACGUUCAAUGAGCUAUGAAGAAGUACUCAACACAAAAUCAAAGGAUGCCUCACCAACAGUUUCAUUUGCUGAAAUUGUUAGCGAUCAGUUACGAGAGAUGGAUCAGUUAUCAAAACAAGCUGAAAACAAGAAGCCACUGCAUCUAAUUCAGAUUGAAGAGAAAGCAAUCGAGGAAUUGAUGAAUUUGUAUGGUGCCCAUAACAAUCCAGAGGAAUCGAUCAUCAUAGAGCGUCUUCCCCAACCACAGGCAGUGCAGUCUGUCGUAUCACCUCAUCCUUUAUCAGGAUCCCCUCCUGUUCCUGGCACUGUCCCUCACAAGAAAAAGAAGGUUAUACCAACUCAACCGUCGGCAUGGUCCACAAGGACUGCAGUAUUUAAAUGAUAUACAGUAGCACCUGACCCAUUUAUUUUUUCUUCCUUCAUAAUUAUUAUUUGUCAUUUCAUUUAUAGUUGUAUCAAUAAAAUUAAAAGAUGCCCAAAAUUGUACAGGAAUAAUCAUACAUAAUAUAUUGUGGGUUACACAAUGGAAAUAAUAAUAAUAUUAAUUAAUAGAAUAAUAAUAAUAAUAAUGCACACAUAUACUCAAUCCCACGCCAUUUUCCACACCAUAAUAAUAAUAAUAAGUUAAUCUCUCAAUGCAUCAACUGAGUCUUUAAUCUCAUUCAUUAAGUGUGUCACCUCGUCAUUAAAUCUUGACAUCUGUCCAAAGGCAAACUGAUACUGUUCCAAUAAAGAUUGGGCUUUCUCUAAGACGG